GUGUCCAGAACACCUCUGUCAGUUGGGAAGGCACAUGGCUGAUGUCUGCAAGUUUCUUACAAGUGAGGAAACUGAAACUUUGGAAAAAAAGGUGGAAACUAAUAAAUUAAAAAGUUUUUGAUUUGCACCCAACCUCCAGAGCUGAGUUACUUCAACUCUGCCACUUUUCAGAGCCACAUACCCAGUACUUCCCCCCUAGUCUUUCUAUCAAAAUGAUGCUCUUGGUCUUUGCUGACUUGUAAGUUGUUCCAAGAGAGUUGGUAGCUGGCUCUGAUUGUAACCUGAAAGAUGCUAUUCUCUUCACUCCUGUUUAUAUUAAUUCUUGAGGCUUGGCAAGUCAGCCAGCACUAGGUUUUCUGAAGUGUCAGUUAAGUGUAUGACUUUUGACCACAGAGCAAGGCGUGUGUUUUAUGUACUCUGAAGUAUUUUAGUGUGGGAGUCCAAAUUAUUUUGUGGGACCUGACUUCCAUUUUAUCUUUUACUUCAUUAAUAAUUAUGCCAUCUUAUUUGAAUAGAAUAGUGAUUCAGAGACUCUUGGCUCCUGGACUUGAAAGAAUCUGCUGAAAUCCAAGAACUAUUCAUGAGGGAAAUGUACAUACCCACAAAAUUUUGCACAUAAUUCCUGACUCUUUGUGGGCACCUUCUAAAAUUUCUGGUAGAAAGAGUGACCCUUCAGAGUACUGUUUCAUUAGCUGAACCUUCAUAGCUUUUUUAUUUUGUUAUAUGGUUAUUUCCUUUCAACUGGUAUUUGUUACAGUGGGAUAUAUUCCUGUAUUCCUCUUUAUGGAUUUAACCUUUAAAUAUUUUUCUAUUCCUAAAGCAACAUCCAAGGAUUUUAUAAAUUUUUUUCUUUUUAAUGUCUCACAUUUACUGAACAUUUUGCUAUCUUUUGGAUAGUUUAAGAUUUAUCAAGACCUACUCAAAGGUGAAAACAUUGUGUCAGAUCCAUUACAUAAUUCUUAUUCAGUAUUUAUGGUAACUUUAUGAUGUAAGUAGCAGUAUUCCCAUCUUAAAAAUGAGGACAUUGGAGGUUGAGAGGUUAAGUAAUCUGCUUAAGAUAGCACUAGUAGCUGAUAGACCAGGUUGGAACCCAGGUUUGUUUCCUCCUACUGUCUGUGGUCUUUUCAGAAAUUCAUUUUAAAACAGAUUAUCUGCCUUGGUCAUAGCAAAAUUUACCUUUAAUACCAAAAAAAAAAAAAACAAAACAAAGCAAAAAUAGAUACACACAUAACCUUAAGGAAAAUUAAGAUGAGAGAGAGAAUAUACCUGACAAACAAAACUAGGAGUUUUACCACAUUUCUUCAGAGUUCAAUAUUAAACAGACACCUUGACUGAUGAGGGGAGAAAUGCUGCUAUGAAAGAAGAAACAGAAAGGCUUAGGGAUGUGGUAAGAGCAGGAUAGGUAUAUCUGGUUAGAGUAGGGGAUUCAAAACUUAACUGGUUCCUGGCUUUGGUUCAAAAGAAUCUCUUCAAACCCAUUUGUUACAAGUUAGUUCCGCAAUCAAAACUCCACUGGAAAAGAUAGUGGACCCUAUCUGAGUUCUUUUCUUAUGUGGCCAGGAAGACCUGUCAUCCUUACCAUCAUGUUUGUGUUAAGUACUAUGGGUUGUGGGAAAGAGCUUAAGAAUGCUUGUAAUUGGUGAAUUAGAACUCUUAAAAAAAAAAAAAAAGGACUGCUAAAUAAUAUAGGAGAAAAGACUGAAGAAAAGAAGAAGGGACAUGGAGGUCCACGUUAAGCCCUGGGCCCCAACUCCUAAAAGGACAGGAGGGAGAAGGCUGGGAGUUAAAUUACCCUUGGGCAUUACUCCAGUUGUGUCUCAGGUUGACUAAACUAGUCUUAUUGCAUAAAGAAGGUAGGUCUUAUGUCUUAUAAGUACCAGUGCACUUCUGCUUUCUGUUCCCAGUGAGAAAAGUUUAGCAGUAUAACUUGAAAUUAUGUAUGCUUCCUUUUUAAGCUGCAUUUAAAUACUUGUCGUAAUCAGACCAUAGGUUAGAAAAUCACAACUUCUUAUUCUUUGGGGAAAUUAGUUUAUUAGUAUUUAAAAGAUCACAUAUAAACAAAUAGGGCAUCUUUGGAAAAAAUAAAAUAGUAAUUCUUUAACACUAGUAUAACUUCAUUUUAAUGUUUUUUUCCCUUGUUUUCAUGUAUGCAUAUUUUGACAUGGUUGCAAAUAUAGUUGUUCAUUUUCAUUAUAAAACAAUACCUUUAUAUCUGAUAGAAGUUUUAAAAAGGCAAAAUGUAAAAAUCUAGGUGGUAGGAAGUUAAGAUGUAUAUACCAAAAAGUGGAUAUAUAUACCAAAAAGUGAAUGCAUAUGAGUAAAGAGCAGAAGAGAACAUGGGAAAAUGAGCACAGUUCAUGUAAGGGAUGUGUGUGAAUCCUUAGUUUGCACCUAAAGUUAACAUUGCUGUUUAGCCAGUGUCCUAUUUUCUGCAGAAGGUAAAUUACUUUUUGUUUACUUGUAAACUUAACACAUGGGCAAACUGUCAAGGGGAUAAAAAUGGUGCAAGUAUUGGAGAGAAGAUUAAGCCAUUUAGUGAUUUUGAUGUUCACAAGGGUAGAAAUCUUACUCUUUAAAUUAUUAGGAGAAAAUCACUAGACUUGAGAUUGCUUUACUUUGAGGCAAUGUCUAAAACCAUGUACUGUAAAGGCAGUCUGUAAUGCAAGUAUGACUUUCUGAAGAUGAUCUAAGUUGCAUGUUACUAAGGUUCCUGCCCCUUAGGGGCAGGACUUAGCAUAGAAUGAAAGCACUGGACAUCAAAAUUUAUUCAUAAUGCUUGCCUUGAUGUGUUUUGUGCCUCUGGGAAAGUUGUGUGGGCUGUUAUCUCCUGAGAAAUCCCUAUAAAUGGUAUUACUAAUACUUUAUAAGUAGGUUGGGAGAGUUAAUUUAUUUUUUCUAAAACAUUUUGCCAUUUUAGAUGAAAGGCUCUGUAUGAAGCAAAUUGGUGUAAGCCUGUUUCCCUUCCACUAAGCCCAGGAAAAAAUAAAUACCUAGUGUUGGAAGGUUGGCUUGUCUUUUGGAGAUCUUUCAUAAACUGCUUUUAUUGACGAUAAAGUGGUUAUCAGAAGGAAAGAGUCCUCAACUCCCAAGAAAAUGGCCAAUAGCAAACUUUUUUGCGUUUUGGGUCUUGGGAUUCUUAACUGUAUGUUUUCAUGUAAGAUUUAAAAUAGAUUUAAAUAUUCUGUAACUGUCAGACUUAGUGAAAACAUGGCUCUUUAAAAUGAUCCUGGUUUCACAUUUGUUAGUGUCUUAUUUUUCCUAUAUUGCAGAGAGGGGAUGAGGUUGACUUGUUAUAAAAACAAUCGAAUUUUACUUUCAUUGUGUAGGAUCUAUUCUGCUAAUCUGUGAGCUUGAUCUUUGCUGCCAAAUAACUUCCAGUAGGUCCUGGAACAAAUUUUUAAUCUACAUUCAUUUAUUCAUUCAGUGCCUGUUUGAGUGCCUUCAGGUGAAAAGCGCUAUGCUUGGGAGGUUUAAAACCCAAGUUUUUGCUUUUGAGAAGCCAAUAGAGAUGGAUAAUGUAUAUUCAAAAGUAACUGUUAUACAUGCUGUUUUUGAAAAAUGCAUAUUUCUUUCUGAUUUACCUCUACUUAAAAAAAUAAUUGUGGACAAAUAGUGGCAUCAUAAGGAUUUUGCUGGUCAUGUAUUUGCAUGAAACUUUAUGCUAAUACUCUAAGAAAAAUGAACCAGUCUCGAUGCACAGGAAGGAAGUUAAUUUAUUUCCUGGUGCCUUGAAGCCCAUGAUGACAGGUGCAGUGUGGUUCGUCUUUUUUUUUAAACCCUGAGGGGCACCUGUUCUGGUCAUUAAAACGCUUUGUAUCGCGUGAGUUGAGAGUGUGUAUGACCUCUUUAAAAACGAAAUGAAUUCCUUCCCAACGUUACCUUUACUUUAAUAUUUGUGUGACUGAUGAGCCGAGCCCCUUCUCCAACUGUAAGCGAAUUUCCAGUGACUCCAUUGAACUAGUGGGUGAAUUUUCCACUGCAGAUUCGUCACCCAGUUUACAGCAUCUGCUUUCAUAUCCUUAUAACAGAUUGUGUUUAAAAUCCUGUCUUUCCUCAGCUUUUAGGGUACAGAUUUAUAACCUAGUCAGUUGGGAAGUUUCCAAAUAAACCGCUCUUUCUCAGAGGACCUUAACCUACACCAUUCUUUCACCGUUGGGUGGUGGAGAACCAAAAAUUACUUAGUAGUGCGCUCCCUUCCUCCUCCCCCCCACCCCCAAACCUCAUUACCGCGCAUGCGCUUGCCCCGCUACCCAUGGGCACUCCCAUCCCCAUCUUAGAACUUGUGUUGGGAUAAAUGGUGGGGGAUUUUACUUUUCCGGGCUUGCGAAGAUAAUUAACAAAAUUUACAUUUGUAAGAAAUGAAUUCCAAGCUGCCACCUUGCAAAUGAACCUUGAGAGGCGGCCUCUUUGAAAAUUGGGGUCUGCAUUUCACUGUUCUUGGCCUCACAAGCAUUUUAUAAUCGAGUCAGACUUUUAUUUCUCAAAAACAAAAACAAAAACAAAAAACCUUGUAAUCGCAAGAAAGAAAAACGUAGGUCGACCUGAGUGCACUAUAUAUCAGCGGAUGUUUUAAAGAGCGGGACCUUCUUUCCCUCUCAGAUUUUGCCAUAACACUGUGGAAAGGAGUUUCUUUACAAGAUAGGUUACACUUGUCACUAACGCUAAGCUAAUACCCAUCCCUGGAGCAGGUGUUAAUCAAAUACCCAUUGUUGCGUGGCAUGCAGCGCGCGGCCGCGGGCUUGCUCGCCAGCGCGGGGGCGGGGCCGUAGCCGUGGCCGGCUGCUAGUGCGCAUGGGCGGGCGUCCUCUUUGGCUUCUACUGCGUGCUUCAGUUUACGCCGCGGUCUGAGACGUUAGGAAGGCGGUUAGCUCAACACCAUCGGUAGCUGACAUGUCUGAUGAAAAAGGUUCCCCGAGGGGAGACGAAGAGAAAGGAGAGAAGCCAGCUCUGCCCAUCACCUGUAGUGAGUACACUGUGAAGCAGGCGGCGGCGGAGGAACCGAUGAAGGUGGAGGAUGUAGUGGCGGCUUACGACUGCUCUGACAACUUCAGCCAUGGGGAAGCAGGGGUACACCGAAACCUAAGGCUUGCAGAGGACGAAGAAAAGUGUCGGAAUAUCCGCAGGCAGUACCGGCAGCUCAUCUAUAAUGUCCAACAGAAUCGUGAUGACAUAGUGAACACAGCGAGCGACUCCUUAACCGAAGCUCUUCAAGAGGCCAAUGUCCUGUUUGAUGGAGUGUGCCGAACAAGAGAAGCAGCCCUUGAUGCCCAGUUUCUUGUUUUAGCUUCUGAUGUGGGUAAAGAAAAGGCAAAGCAGUUAAACUCUGAUAUAAGCUUUUUUAAUCAAGUAGCGUUUUGUGACUUUCUAUUUAUAUUUGUGGGUCUAAAUUGGAUGGAAGAUGAACAUGAUGAGCUGAGUGAUUGUGAUGAUAUUAUAGCACUUUCCUUUUGGGAGACGGUACAAAAGGAAGCAACAUCCUGGAUAUUGCAAGCCGAAACGUUCCAUUUCAUUUUUGGUUCUUUCAAGCAAGAGCCUUCUGCACGAAAGUCACGUCUUGAACAUCAGAAAAAAGCUCACAAAAUGGAAGAAAAUGGGGAUAUGCCGACAAAGUUGAAGAAGUUGGACCUGAGUAGUAAUCAAGAAGCCACAGAAAAAGAAGUAGAAAGAAUCCUAGGCUUGUUGCAAACCUACUUUCGAAAGUAUCCUGAUAGUCCUGUGUCCUAUUUUGAAUUUGUGAUUGAUCCAAACUCUUUUUCUCGCACUGUGGAGAAUAUAUUUUAUGUUUCUUUCAUUAUAAGGGAUGGUUUUGCAAGAAUAAGGCUUGACCAAGACAGGUUGCCAGUAUUAGAGCCAAUUAAUAUUGACCAAAUGGGAGAGGGAAACGAUAGCAUUUCCAACGGCAGGAAACAAGGAGUUAUAUCUUUGAGUUUACAAGACUGGAAAAAUAUUGUGGCAACUUUUGAGAUUUCAGAGGCUAUGAUUACAAACUCAUAGUAAAGAUUUUUUUGCUUGGGGUAGAGUGUGUUUUUGUUUUUUCUUAAAUAUCUCAAAAUGGAGAGUAAAAUCAAAAUAGAAGCACAUACUGUAUGUCUUCUAAAGUGGGAAAAAAUUUUUUCAAGAAUAUCAGAAACUUUUACUCUGUAGUGUAUUUUUCUUGGUAGUUUAUAAGAUUGUCAUGAUCUUAUGAAAGAAAAUUCACUGGCGUUUUCAUGGUGAAAUGUUAAAUACCCUUUAAGACUGUAUUAUUGAAAAUAAGUUCUGCAUUUAAUAAAUUAAAAGGUAUUAGAUAAUGCAGAAAAUCAACUAUGAUGCUCUGUGAUACCUGCUUUGCUGCUUCUGUUAUUGGGAGCUAAGGGGGUAUAAUGGGCUCCUUAACUAGGUUGGGGAGGAGGGGGAGAAUGGAUGAGAAAAAUGGGUAGUCAAGGAAGGCUAUAUAUAAACAGUUAAUAUGCAUCCUUAGGGGCAAUUGCCAUGCUUCAUUGCAUAGAGGAUACAGUAAGAUCCAUAUUUCAGACAGUUUCUCCUGUGACUGAACUCAACAAAAAGUAGAGUAUCUGUACUAUAGAAGGGAAGGCAUCAACUAAGUGUUUGAAAGGUGUGUAGGAAUUGGUCACAGAAGACGGGAAAGGCAUUCCAGGAAGGGAAAUAAUGAGGGCAAACAUGAAAGUUAUAGCACAAGAGAACUGUAAGAUUUCUAGGAAAAUUACUCCAUUUUAUUUCUAAGCUGGGCAAAAAUAUCCUCAUCCAUUAGUAUCCUCAGAGAUUAGAUUAAAAGAUAUUUUUGUCGUGUUUCUUCAGACAAAAUCUUUGACUUUCCAGUUACAGGUUUUAUCUACUUAGUUUCUUCUCAGAGGACGUCUAGUUUUCUUUGUAAUUUCUGCUGAUGCACAGAGUGCCAUUUACAGUCAGUGAUGUUUCAUCAUGUAACAGCCUUGUUCCAAUUUAAUUCUGCGUCUCUUAAAAGAAUUUUAAAUGCUUGGAACCCAAACUGUUCCUUUUUAAGCUAAAAUAUAUGAUUUAUCUCAGUGUUCUUUAUUGUAAAGCCAUAGAGGCUUUUUUGGUUGUUGUUUGUAGUUGUUUAAGAUAUAAAUUACAACCUUGUUUGGAGGGUAUUGCUGAAAAUUUGGUUGAUUAAGAAAACUGUUUUUGAAGGUACAGUGAGCAUGUCAUAAGCUUCUUUCCCUGAUCUCUGUUGGAGCACAGUAUUUGGUAGGUGUAGAACUUUGUCGUUACAUGUCUAUUUGGCAAGUAUAAAUUUAUCUUAUGCAUACAGUAAAGUUUUAAAAUUAUUCUAAAGUUCAGUGUGGUACAGGGAAGGAAAAUCCAAAGAUUAAAUGAAUGACACCAAGAUUGGAGAAGGGGAGGGUGUGUUUUGUGUGUGUGGCAGGGGUAGGGGUGGAGGAGGUGUGGUUCUUCACCAGAAAUAAUGGGGAUUUUUGGCAAAAGUAGAACUUUGUCAUGAAAUUCUGCCAUUUAUUCUUUAAAGUAGUGAUUCCUUUCACGUGAAGGAUUGCUAACCCUUCCUGGUCUCUGUCACCCCUUGAUUUAACAGUCAUGGAAGUAUCAUUUUGUCUUACUGAUCCCUCACUUCAUGUUUUUACCAACCAAAUUCCUUGGAUUUUCCAGAGACCGGCUGUUUGGGGAAAAGGUGCUCUUAGAAUAACAAAGUGACCCUGCCCCAGUUCUUUACUCACUACCAGAUUGCUCUGUUCAUUGCCUUAGGAUCUUUACUGGGAGGUUUUGACAUUUACUGAUGACUAAAACCAUUUAAUAGAGAAUUUAAAGAUUUGGGGGGAGGUAAUUUUUUGGGUCUUCACUGAAGUUCCCUGCUGGCUUCUAUUUUUACUGGUUAUCAUGAGACACAUGGGUUGUCUCAUCACUUUGAAAUUAUAGUGACUGCUUUCUUUGAAGAAAAAGGAAAAUUAAUCAAUUGAGAGAUGAGAAUUCAGUUAAAGAGAUUAGGGGUGAACUAAACUGCAAAUCUGCUGGUUUUCCACUAAUAGUGUGGCUUAAGUCUUGGAGAUUCAAUGAAAUAAACAGUUUUAGAGAAUAUUAGGUUUUGUUUUUUUCUUUUUUUUUUUAGCUAGAAUUUUAAAGAGAACUGCUUUCUAUUCAAAGGAUCUGGGAUUGCAUCCUGACUCUAUAUCAUUCUAGUUAUGGACUUUAAUUGUUUAACCUGGUAAGCCUCUAGUUUUCUUUUUUAUCUGCAACAUGGAAAUAAUACCUAUCAGUAUGGAUUAAAUUAGAAGUUAAACUUAAAACAUGACAAAUACUUUGAAAUGUGAAUUAGUGGGUAUGAUAUAGUAGGAAGAGCAAGAGAUUUAUAAUUAUAUAGCUUUGGCUUCAAUGCUUGACUCAUAGGCAAGUUUCAUAAUCUUUUAAGGGUCUUCAUAUUGUCAUAUAUGAAAUGGAAAUGAUAUGUGCUUUGGAAGACUUUAUCUAGAAGAUUAAAUGUGAUAAUGUAAAUAAACACAGUAUCUGGUUCAUUGUGGGCACUCAUGUUGGUGCCCCAUGCUCUAAAUCUGGUCAGCAAAUCUCAUGGUUCCAUGUCCUUCUAUGGUGACCAUGUCUCUGUAAUGGUUCAUUCGCUUUCUUUUUAGUCUAGGCAUGACUUCCUUGUUGUCUUACCCCUUGCCUUUGUUAUGGAGAAUCCAUUGGAAUUGGCACGUUGUUACUAAAAUAUUUUGAGUGCCCACUGUGCUAGGUACUGUUCCUAGGCACUGGUGAUAAAGUGAACAGAAAGUUGCCCAUCUCAUGGAAUUUAUAUUUUAGAGGAUGUGUUAGUUUCCUGUUGCUGCUGUAACAAAUUACCACAAACCUAGGGCUUGAAACAACACAAAUUUAUUAUUUAACAGUUUUGGAGGUCAGAAGUUUAAAAGCUGUCUCAUUUGGCUAAGAUGAAGAUGUCAGCAGGGCUAGUCAUUCUGAAAUCUCUGAGGGGAGAAAUCUGUUUCCUUACCUUUUUAGAUUCUGGGGGUUGAGGCCACCUGCCUUCCUAGGCUCCCUUUCUCACACCACUGCAGCCUCUUGCUUCUGUUGUCACACAUCUCCUCUUCUGUUGUCUACUGUAUUCAAAUCUUCCUUUUCCUCCUUCUUAUAAGGACACUUGUGAUUACACUGAGCCCAAGGGAUAGUCUAGGAUAAUGUCUCCCUCAGGGUACUUACUCACAUUUGCAAAGUCCUUUUUAUCACAUAAGGCAAACCUUUCAUAGGUUCUGGGAUUCAGACUUUGACAUCUUUUGGGGGCCAUUAUUCUCUCUGCCACAGAGUGGGAGACAGUAUUCCUCUUGACAUUGAUUGCUCAAAGAAAAACUGAUUGGUUAAUGGUGGAGAUAUUACAUCAGCGAGGUAAGGGAAGGCCUCUGGGAGGAGGCAUUUGAAAUGAAAUUUUUAAAAUUAUAAGUCAUUUACUAGAAUAUUAGUUACAGAGUAGGUAUUAAGUGUUACCUUGGCUCUAGAUAUUUUGGGCACAUACUAGCUGAAGGCUUAGAUACCUGGUUGGUCAUGCUGAUAAUCACCUUCCUUAAUUUUCCUCGGAGGAGGAUCAAGUGGCAUCUCUACUUUCCUGAUCAAGAAGAUGGUUCUUUGAUUUGCACUCAUCUCUGUAUUACUGUGGAUAUUUUCCAUCUAGCAUCACCUGUUACCAUUGAUUUGGCAUUUCCUUAAUUAGGGGUUGGCAAAUUUUUUUCUAUAAAAAGCUAGAUGGCAAAUAUUUUAGCCCUUGUGGAAGGUAUGGUCUCUGUUGCAACUGACUGGCACUGCUGCUGUUGUGCAGCCACAGACAGUAAGGAAAUGGGUGUGGCUGUGUUCCAAUAAAAUUAUGUAUGGUUACUGAAAUUUGAAUUUUGUAUGAUUUUCAUGUGUCAUGAAAUAUUCUUUGAAUUAACCCCUCUACCCCCUACCACCAUUUAAAAAUAUAAGAACCAUUCUUGGCUCAGGCUGUUAAAAAACAGGCCUACCGGGUUUGUUCUGCAGGCUGUCGUUUGCCAACCCCUGUCAUAGUUCCAGGACCUAGUCAAUUAUAGAAAACAUGUAAUUUUUAAAAUCUUCAUUUAGCUUUAUUGCUUUACUGGUCCAUAAUCAUCCAAAGCAAGACGGUGUGGAGGCACAGUUCCCCUGGAUACUGCAGCAUAAGCCAGCAAUAUAGCAGAUUUCAAAGGAAGCAAACAGACCUGGUAUAGGUUAUAUAAUCACUGCUGGGUUUGUAGUUCUUGUUUUUUGAUAGCUCAGACAUGAUUGUAUGACAUGGAAAGUCAGGCUGUUUAUUUGCACAUGAGGUGUAAAAUCUCAAUGAAAUUUAAGAAAUUUGGAUGUGAAGGAAACAAAUUCUAUAGCUGUGGCUGUAAAUCUAUCUGCUGUUUGGCUCCUUUCCCCAUCAGAAACCUAAACUUCCAAUUACCAUUCAUUUUAACAUCCACUUUGCUGAGCCAUACAUUAGUACUGUAUUGAAUGCUCUCUGUGUGAUAACACUAUACUAAGCAUUUACAUGGAUUAUCUUGUUUAAUUCACAAAAGCAUGUUUUAUCCCCUUUAGUUUUGUAAAUAAGAAACCUGAGGCAGGAGAAUUGAAGCAGCUUAUCCAAGAUGACAUUUAAACUGGGAAAGUCAGGUUGAUUUGGACUAAAUCUAAGCUCCUAACCUACUGUUUUUAUACCCUUUGCUACUUUCCAAAGUGUUUUCAACAUUUUUAUUUUUAUGGAUGAAAAAACUGAAGCCCAGCUGUACAUAGAGUCGGAACUAGAACGUAGGUCUUUUUCUCUAAAAAUAUUUUUGAAUGUCUCGUAUAUGCACAGUUGGUGUAGGGGAAUGCAGAAAUGAAAGAUAGGGUCCCUGUCCUUGUAGGGGUGAUUGGACCAUGUGAUGGUGGUGGUGGGAGCUCAGAGGAGUACUUCCCCAUCCAGUGGUGAUGGGGAGGGGCUGUAAAUAAGGCUUCCAGUUAAAUCUUGAAGGACAAGAAGAAGGUAGGGUGAGCAAUCUGCUCAUUGUCCUGAUGUGCUAUUGUAAUUGCAGGAAAGAACAGGAAACUGCUGUUUGGAAAACUUUAGGGAGACUUAAUCAAGAAGUGUUCCUUGUGUUGUGGUCUUAGAUUAUUGGUAAGAGAAUUUCCCCUACCCUGCCAAGGGAAUGCUUUAGAAAGGAUCAGGUGUUUCUGUACAUUGAAUAAAAGUAAUGUAACGUCAUGCCAUUUUGUCUAUAUACCAGAGCAGGAUUUGAUGGGGCAAGAGCAUUUCAGGAGCAUG